AUGUGAAAAGUUAACGUAAACAUGUAAAAUUACUUCGAUUUAGAUUUUUAACAAAAUAAUAUUGCAGCUAAAUUGGCCUCAGAAGUCUAUUAAGCAUGACUUUCGUACGCACUGACGUGACUGCCGUAAAAUUCCACCAAGAUGUCCUAUUUGCAGGUACCGGUAGUUACACAAAUAUAUUUAGUAAGGCUUCUUUAAAGUCUGUACAGAGCUUAUUAACGCUGCAGGGUCAGAAAAUAUAUGGUUUCGUGCCUUCAAAAUGUGGAAAGAAAAUUCUAUGUUUUGGUGGUAAACAGUUCACAGUGUUGAGUUUUUCCGGAUCGAAUAGAGAGAGAGGUGAGAUAUGCUCUCGCCUGUUCACACCGGAGGUCUGUGAUGACUGGUUGCACUCUGGAAUAUGGGUGGAUGACGACAAAGUCGCCCUUUUGACUGCACAUAAUACUGUUCAAUGCUGGGACACUGCUUCUCAAACAUUGCUCUCACAGCACAAAAGCAAAGACAACUCAAUCCUGUACAGUGGUCUACUUAUACCAUUACACAAUGAGGUCCUGGUUCUAGCUGGAACGGUGUUCUCCGAAGUCAUUAUACAUUGCUGCAGCGAGGCAGAACCACUGCAGCACUUGAGAGGGCAUAGGGGUGUAAUAUUCUCAAUAACUUGUGAUACCCAAAAAGAAAUCAUUGUCACAACAUCUGAUGACAGAUCAUUAAGGAUAUGGGCUCCAAAUACCCCUAGCAAACAAAAAAUUUACACUAAAGAAUAUUGGAAACACACCGAAAUGGUAUGCAAACAUGAGCUGUAUGGUCACUUAGCGAGAGUCAUGAGAUCCUGUAUUAGUGAUAACAUGGUGUUUUCUGUAGGGGAGGAUGGGGCUAUUUGUUUCUGGGACUUUAAUGGGAAGCCUUUAAGGAAAAAUUUGGCUCAUCAGAAUAGCCCCAUUUGGGCUGUAGAUGCCGAUAAAGAUACCUUAGUUACUGGAGGAGGUGACUGUGGAAUAAUGGUUCAUCCUUUGACUGUGACCAAUGUUAAUCAGAGUUAUACUAUGGAUAAGAAUGCUGAUGUGAAAAAAGUUGUUUUUACAGCUAGGAGAAAUAUAGUGACAAUGACAGAUAAUUGUAUAAUAUAUCAUGUUGAUGGUAAAGAUAAAUUGGAAUUUGUAUUAAAUCAUACUUCUACAUAUAAAUUACUAAGCUUGUGUGUAUGUAAACAGAUUAUAGCAGUUUCUGACAUGGAUGGGAACUUAGAUGUUUUUAUUGAAAAUUGUAAAGAAGAUUGUUUGCAGAAUGUUAUAAAGACUAAACUUGAAUUUGGGAAAAUUCUAUCUAUGCAUUGGGGUGACAAUAGACAUCUUAUUUUCUGCUCACAAAAUGGUGAAAUUAAUGUUGUUGCAAAAGGAAAUGAAGUGGAAAAAGUUUGUAGUUAUGUUUUGCCAGUUUGCAAAGAAAGAUGGUUGACUGCUGCUGCCAUUGAUGUCAAAAAUAAGAUGACGAUUCUUGGAGAUAGAUGUGGGAAUAUCCAUGUCUAUGUGAAAGGAGAAAAAGAUCCUGUAAAAACUUUUCGUAAAGUCCAUGGUAGAUAUGGACCUACCUCAAUUACUGUUAAAGAUAAUGAAAUUAUUAGCACAGGAAGAGAUGGGACCAUUAGAUACUUUGCCAUAAAAAGUGGUAAAGUCAAAUAUAUGAGCAGCAAGUGCUUAGAAUUUCAAUGGGUCGAAAAAUUCCUGGACAGAGAUGAGAAUAUCAUUUGUGGAUUUCAAGAAAGAGAUUUCGUAGUAUACGAUAUAAGGAAUAGUAAUAAGAUGUUGGAAGUGCCUUGUGGCGGCGGACAUCGUUCUUGGGAUGCAGUCCGUUUUAUAGAUAAAAUAAAUGGUGAUUAUGAAGAAUUUAUUAAAUUAAUAUAUAUCAAAAACUCAGAUGUAAAUAAAGCUCCUUUUCAGUUGAGUAAAAUUGUGUCUAGGAAUGUUGUAAAUGGUUCUCAUUCUAAAGAAAUCAACUGUCUUCAAUGCUGUACAAAUGAUCUAGACAAAUCAAAAGUCUUUUUCGUUUCUGGUGGUGAAGAUACUACUUUAAGAAUAUCUAAUAUUGAUUCUGGAAAGGAAUUUGUAGAUAGAGUUGUAUAUAAACACUUAUCAAAUAUAAGAGCAUUGAAAUUAUAUAAAUUAAAAGAUGAAUCAGUACUUGUAAUAUCAGCUGGAGGUAGAGCACAAAUCUGUUUGAAUAUAAUCAAUUUUGAAAAGAAACAAGAUGAGCUCAAAGUGAUAUUUGAAGAAGUUCUAGAUUACCAAAUAAGAGGGACAGAUAAAGAGAAGAAAGGUAGUCAAAAUUGGCGAAAUUGUUCAAUAGAUUUUGACCCAGAAACGAGAGUCAUGGAUAUUGAAGCCAUACAAACAGAUGAUAACAAUUUUGUUGUUUUUGUUGGAUGUUCAGAUGCUUAUCUCAGAAUAUAUAAACUGAAUAUUGAAGAAACUGCUGAAUUUAAACUCAUUAACGAAGUAAAAUAUCACAAAACAUGCAUUCUCAAAACACACUGCAUCAAAUUUGAAAAUAAAACUAUUCUAAUAACAUGUACCACAAGAGGUGAAACAGCAUUCUGGGAUACAAGUAAACAUAAUAAUGAAUUUCUGCCAUUCUUUAGUACAACAACAAAUAAAAGUGGUAUAAACAGUAUAGCAUCCAAAGUUAUAUCAAAUGAGGAAAUCUUAGUAGCAACAGGAGGCGAUGAUAAUGCUGUACAUCUGGUCCUAAUACAAAUCCAACCAAACCUGACUUCUGCAAACUUAAGAUCUUCUUUCCAAUUAGAUUCUUUACACAGCUCCCAGGUUACUGGACUAUGUGUCUCUGGAGAGUAUCUAGUGUCAGCGUCGAUAGACCAGAGAGUCAGUUUAUUGAAAUGGAAGGUUGAGGAAGGCAUUCAAUGCGAAUUUGUAUCGCAGACAUUUUGCGAUGUCGCUGAUGUUCAGGGGAUGGAAUUUAUGGAGAGUGACAGUGAUACCAUUAAAGUGUGCGUCUUUGGAAAAGGGAUGGAGGUCAUUGAACUAAAGAAACCCAGUUGAUAUGAAUAAAUUAUUAUUAGUA